AUGGCCGCCGUUCCGUCCCCCAUCCCGAAGCUGGACCGCUACAUUGUUAUACACGUUGCGACGACCUGCGACGAACAUGGCGUUUACGUAACUAAGGAUUCUGCUGAGGUCAUUGAGCUUGGAUGGAUUUUACUCGAUACCAAAAAUUGUGAUGAGUUGCAUCGAGAAAGCAUCCUUGUGAAACCAGUCAACACUCCAAUUACACCGCUAUGCACGAGCCUGACCACCUUGACAUGGGAGAACGUGCGCAACGCUGGAAGCUUCCGGGAUGCCGUCAAUCGCUUUGAUGCCUUCGCUCAGGAACAUCUUAUCUCGAAGAACCUCGAGUUUUCUUUCGUGACCCUCGACUCAUGGGACCUACGUGUACAACUGCCUCGGGAAGCCCGCGACAAAGCCGUCGUUCUACCACCAUACCUCCAGCACUCCCGGACCUUUGACCUUCGUACCGAAUACCAGAGAUGGCAAACUCACCACCCGGAAUCGUUGCCAUUCGGUCCUAGCUCUCUUGCCAAUAUCUGCGCUGCUCUCGAGGUGGAGCCUGUUCAAUCCUCGGCCCCAAUCAAGCACAACCUGCCUUUCCACCUGCAGGCUCUUGCCCCAGCAUCUCCUCGACGGGCUAUGGAGGAAGCCAUCACUUUGUCUCGCGUUCUCAAAGGUCUCAUCCGCAAGUCUCAGCCUGCUCAUGAACAUCCCGAAAUCCUCACUCGUCCAAUGGAUGCGAGAGCCGAUGUCCGUGCUUUCUUGGCCGAACGCAGCAAGGUGCUCCAUAUGAGCGGUCUUCCACAUGACACCACACAGUCGGAGCUUGAGAGCUGGUUUACCCAGUACGGUGGUCGUCCUAUUGCUUUCUGGACAUUGCGCACUCCGGAUCAGCACAAGCCCACAGGAACUGGCUUUGCCGUCUUUUCAUCCCAUGAAGAGGCAGCUGAGAGUCUUUGCAUGAAUGGCCGAGCCCUUAAUGAGAAGGCCAUCGAGGUAUCUCCUUCAUCUAGCCGUGUCUUGGACAGGGCCGCCGAGAUUCUCACUCCAUUCCCACCAUCCAAGAACCGCCCUCGCCCCGGUGACUGGACGUGCCCGUCUUGUGGCUUCUCCAACUUCCAGCGCAGAACUGCUUGUUUCCGUUGUUCAUUCCCAGCCGUUGGUGCCACCCCUGACCCAUACGGAUAUGGGUACGUUCCUCCAUCUAUGAUGCCCCCCAUGAACCCUCACGGAGGCCACGGUGUGGGUCACUCUCGAGUGGGAGGCAAUGGUGUUGUUCCAUUCCGUGCAGGUGAUUGGAAGUGUGGUUCAGAGGGUUGUGGCUAUCACAACUUUGCGAAGAACACCAAUUGUCUUCGCUGUGGUGCCCCCCGUUCUGGUGCAGCAGUCGUAGCAGACUCUGCUUUCCCCUCGCCAAUGGAACCUCCAUCUGGAUUUGGCAUGGGUCCCGGAUCAAUGGCUGGUACCCCUGCUCCAGCGCCCUUCCCUACCGCUGGCAGCGGCGGUGGCUUUGGUGGGUUCGGGCAACAAUUCGGUGGUCCUCCAAGCAACUAUGGCUUGCCAUCUGGCCUCGGAAACACACCCGGCCCCUACCCGCCAAUGGGCCAGAUCAAUGCAGGUCACUCGGCGGCUUCGUUUGGCAACCCGGCGACUCAGGCCGCCUUCUCUGGUGCUGACCACGGCUCGCACUCGAACGCCCUGAAUGGUAACCUCUAUACAACUGAUGGUGCUAGCGACCCAUUUGCUUUCCUAUCCACCGGCCUAGGUGGACUUACUGUCAACGAUGACAACCAUGGCCGUCGAAACGGAGCCGCUGCUAACAAAUCACCCGCAUAA